UUUGUGGAAAAAACAGGCUAGCUGAUCAGAAUUGAAAGUAAUUAAAAGUGAAUUAUGAAAGUAAUGGAGGAAGUGAUAAAAGGUCGCAACUAAUAUUAUAAUCGUUGAUACAAUUUAAAAGAAGACAACAUGUACGAGACAUGUUUGUGUACAUAUUCAAAUCUUAUUAAAACAAAUUGUCACAGUUCUUAACAAAAAAAAUUCUUAAGAGCACACUACUUGAUGUCGCAGAUCAUAAUGACAGAUAAAUUAUGAAGCUGUUCAAACUCAUAGUGCAUCAGAAGAAUUUUAGCGGGGAGGACUUGAUAAUCAAUCCAAAGGAUUACCCCGGAAUAAAAACUGGCGAUGUUGUUGAGAUCUAUCAUCCCGAAGAUGAGUACAGUCGCUUGUUGCUGCAAGUUACCUCCUUCAAAGAGGAUCUUCAGGGACGUGAAACUAUUAGUGUGGAGAAUAACGUAGCGACGAUGUUUCAAUUGAGAACGUUCGCCGAUGUAUAUAUGAACAUAGUCAAUCCAGACGAUGUGGCUUUAGAUUCUAUAGAGUUGACUUUUAAGGAUCAGUAUAUGGGACGUAGUGAGAUGUGGCGUCUGAAGAACAGCUUGGUAAACACUUGUGUUUACAUCAAUAAGAAAAUAGAAUUUUGUGGUAGCAGCAUAAGAUGUCAAGUAUACGAAAUGUGGUCGCAAGGUGAUCGUGUUGCUUGUGGCGUUAUAACAGACGAUACUAAAGUAGUCUUUCGAUCUUCCACUAGUAUGGUGUAUCUGUUCAUUCAAAUGAGCUCAGAGAUGUGGGAUUUUGAUAUACAUGGUGAUCUUUAUUUUGAGAAAGCAGUCAAUGGAUUUCUGGCUGAUCUAUUUCAAAAAUGGAAGAAGAAUGGCAGCAAUCAUGAAGUUACGAUUGUACUAUUUUCGAGAACAUUUUACAACGCGACUAAUUUGGAAGAAUUUCCAAAUCACAUGAGGGAAUGUCUGCAACAUGAUUACAGAGGCAGAUUUUAUGAGGAUUUUUACAGAGUUGCGGUGCAAAAUGAAAGAUUUGAGGAUUGCAGUAAUGUAUUGGUACAGUUGCGUAAACUGUUUACUGAUUAUCAAAAAAUCGUUCUGGAAUAUCAUCAAAAAUUAGGUGUUGCCAUGCCUAAGGCUAUAAAUUCAACCGCUGCACAAGGAAAUUUUCUGGAAGUGUUAAAUAUGUCAUUGAAUGUUUUCGAAAAGCACUACUUGGAUCGCAGUUUUGACAGAACUGGUCAAUUAUCUGUGGUAAUUACUCCUGGAGUUGGAGUUUUUGAAGUCGACAGAGAACUGACAAACGUAACAAAACAAAGAAUUAUUGACAAUGGUGUAGGCAGUGAUUUGGUAUGUGUUGGAGAACAACCACUGCAUGCAGUUCCAUUAUUAAAGUUUCACAACAAAGAUUCUUCCAUAAACGCGCCAGAUGACUACAGCAUGCCACAUUGGAUAAAUCUCAGUUUCUAUUCCACAAAUAAAAAGAUUCCCUAUUCCACGUUUAUACCACGCAUAAAGCUACCGCAGAAAGUAUCAAAACACUCCAUGGACAAUGGGAAAUUACAUUGUAAAACCAGACUUCUGCAAGAAGAUCCAAGAGAAUAUCUGCACAAUUCUUUGUUCGAUUAUGACGCUUAUGAUGCACAAGUGUUUCAGUUACCACCAGUACAUAGUUCAAAUGUACAAAGGAUAAGUACAAGAACAAAGAAGACAAGCGUGGCGUGUCUUGAAACGCACAACAACGGUCAUUUGUUGAAACUUCUGAAACGUAAAAUGUCCGAUCCCGACAUACAUCAUCCCCCACCGGAGUCACACUUACCGCCGGUUGCGUUAAGAAGCGCGGCGAUAACGAUACCGCACAAAACGGAUGAUGAUAAUAGCGAAUCUAAUGAAGACAGAAUUGGUACUUCCAGGACACCGGUUAAGAGCGAUCUAACCGAUUCGGAGAUAUCUCCGCCCUUUAGACCUGUCGUCGGCAGCGCUGGUAGUCCGACAAAUUCCAUUUCUCAACCCACUAGUAUACUUAGACCUAGCAGAGCACUGAUCAAUCCUUUCGAUCCAUCGCACGUUACCAUUAAACUCACCAGCAACAGACGGAGAUGGACUCAUAUAUUCCCUAAAGGACCAACGGGAGUGCUAAUACAGCAACAUCACUAUCAAGCCGUUCCAACGCAAAGCUCGGAAUUACAAUGCGAUGCUACUUCGUCGACUGUAAGUGGUUCCCCGUUGGAACUCGGAGUGAGCAAUUCAAAUCAGAUGUCAAGAUCAGCGUCUCAAAUAGGAUUUCAAGAUCGAAAGUCAUCGCGCCUCAAUUCUUCAAUUAACGGCGAUAAAGCUGCAAAUCCUUCAUCUAUUACGAACAAAAGUCUGACUCUUUUGUGGGGCGCGACUGGUGAACAAGAAUGGACACCCGUUCUAACAACAGCGAUCAUAGGAGUGGACUGGAAAUCGUUAACGAUUCCCGCGUGCCUGCCCAUUACUACAGAUUACUUUCCAGACAAGCGGAGUUUGCAAAACGACUAUGUCGUGUCGGACUACAAUCUUCUUCCGGACGACGUGAACGCUGAUUUCGCUCAACAGCGAGCGAUAUACAAAAAACCGCUUACAACCGUUGAAGUAUUUAAAGAGCUGGUUUCACAACGCUUAGCUCAGGGUUUUCAGCUAAUUAUAUUGCCGUCGAUGAGUAAGAAUCAAAGCAACACGACCGGGAGCAAUUCCGCUCCCGCUAUUAGCACAGUAAUACGCGGCAGACAAACCGAGUCCGAGCCAAGGGAAGAAUAUCUGCUCAGCAUCGGAAGGAUUUUUCAUAAAAUAUCUUUGUUCGAUAAUUCUAUUACGGUUACGAGAUAUCGUCCGCGACAUCCUUAUCCACCUUUCAACAUCCACUAUCGAUAUCGAUUUCACGCGCCGCAUCACGACACGUACGAGGUGUCGUGGGUGUCCUUCACCACGGAGAAACUCGAGACGUACAACUGGAAUUAUCUGGACCAUUACAUUUGCACGCGAGGUCAUACCGAUUUUGCUUUAGUGGAAGCUCUCAAGUAUUGGAGAUUUCGAGUAUUUCUGUUACCACUGCACAAUCCUGCUACUCGCAAGAUUCUGGAAGGCUCUCCGAGAUGCGACAUAUACACUCCACCCAGUAACGCUGAACAAGCGUUACUGAUGGACGGUUUUCUGCGCUUCAUCGAGGGCUGGUUGAAUAAAAUACGACGGCCAAAUCCUAACAAAAAUUGGAGCCCCACAGCUCUAGGUGGUGUUCCCCCAAGAGAUCCUGCCUCUCAUUUGACCAGACGCAGGCACAGCACGAGCCUGAUAUUCCUCACUAACCAACAGUUACCCAUACAUGUCAUAUACUUUCCAGCCCAGUCUAGUCAGCAGUUCUCCUUUCAGGGAGCGACUCGGGAGCAACCGUGUGCCAGAGAAACCGAGACCAAGGAGAGGCAUGUAAUGAAUACCGCUGCGGCUGCUCGCACGUGCCUCGACACUCCUCGCCACGUGCCAAACAGAUCGGGCUCCAAGGUAAUGGACAGAGGACGUGUGUCGCCUGCCAGUGAGGCCGUUUUGCCACUGUCGAUCGAGCAACAACAGCAAGAUCACUUCGACGCUAACGACGAUAGUUCGAACAUGGAACUAACGAAGAUAAAGAGCAACGCGACGAACGUGGAAAUUCUGGAGGCGAUGAAGCAUCCUCAAACUGGCGUCGGUUUCUUAACGCAACAUCCCUCACUUCCGAGUCAAACAUUCGUAAGCGCCGACGCGAUUCAAUGGCUAAACAAUCACAUCGAAGGCGGCGUGGGAGUCGAGCAGGGCAUCAACAUCAUGAAGGGAAUGAUUCAAGACAAAUUGAUAUGCCACGCGUCCGGCGAUUUUUCUCAACCAUUCGUUCUGGGAUUUUAUUUGUAUCAUAUUGUGCAAGAUAAAGAGAAUCAGAAAGCCGCGGAUUAUUCCGCUCCGCUUGGUGAUCUCCAAAGCUUUGAGAACGAGUGGGUGGAGGUGGAGAUGAGAUCGCCGAAGGGAUGGUGCGAACCGAUAUCGUCGACAACAUUGUCAACUAUGUCGACCCCCAUAACUAUUCCCAACUGCGACACCAUUGACGAAUCCAACGUUCCAGCCUUUCUGAGAGACGACAUCGACCUGACGGAACCGAUGGAUGAUAAAAAUUGGACGGUGCCAUUGUACAAGCACACUCAUCUCGAUAUCGAUAUUAACAACAAGAGCGACAGGAUCGAAUGGGGUCACUUGAGGUAUCAAUCUAUUUACAAAGUAGAUCAUUCCUACGAACUCGUAGUACAGUGGGUGGCAUCGUCUGGCAGUAUAGUCGCCGAUCUGAUAUUCGUUUGGCAACGCAAGGCUCAAAUGUGUGGGAUACAGAUGGUGCCCAUUCCUAGUGAUUUACUGGCACUGCCGUACACCUAUAAGAGCGAUCCUCUCAGAGGACCGAUAUUUAUACCACUCGAUACGGAAUGUCUGAUGGAGAAUAAACGAUAUCUCUUUGAAGAAUUUCGAGAAGACACGUACACGCAACGACUGUUUCUAUUCCAAGAAGCGAUUCUGCAGAGAUUCGGUUUCGUGCCGUGCUUGAUCGAAAACACCGAGAAUGGUCACCAGUACGUUCAUCUCACCGGCAACGCGUUCAUAUUGGUGCCAUCCACCACAAAUACUCGACCGCGUCCGCGCACCGGCACCAACGUCGUGCGCCGAAAUGUGGGACAGAAGAGAUAUCCGGUUCAUCCCGAUCAGCCCAGUCCACACGAGGCUUACAUCACCAGACACGUCAGUGGAAAGAACAAGGACGAUCACAGCAUGGACCGAAAAAUGGGUUUCUUGUGGUCUUGGAAUCACAUGGUCAGUCGUAAGUGGAAAUCCACCUCGGCGGGUGACGAAUUAUUUCAGAAGAAAAUCAUACAGGACUUUCGUCAUUUCUGUUCCAACGGCGACAACAGACUCAGACAAUUUUGGGAAACUUGUUGGGAGAUAAAAGAAAAAACUUGUACAAAAGCAAAAUAGCAAGAUAUUAUUUUUUAAUAGGUUUUUAAAUUCGUCCAAAGAUUUUUAUCGAGUUUCACGGAUGUGUGUAUCACACGCAUAGACUGUGUAAAUUCAUCAUCGUUUGUCAAUAACAAAUUUAUCGAUAGUACAAUUGUGUGUAUGUGUAUAUGUGUGUGCGUGCCAUUCUGUAGAAACUAAACGUAUAUCACGUCGAUGCGGCACUCGAUGUUUUUUUUUUCGCGUUCUAAAUAGAUCCGCGGAAUCGAAUUUGUUGAUUUGAUAAUCAACGGAUUGUCGUGGUGCUCGCGAUCUGACGGAAAGAAAAGCGUCGCGUGCCGCAGGCUUUUUUAGCAGGAUAAUAAAUAUGCGUGUAUAAAAAAUUGUGUACGUCAUUUAUGAUUAAGCAAAGAAAAUACUGCGAUUAUUGUACGUUAUGUUUCCAAGUGAAAAGACGGAAAUUGAGAUAUUUUUAAAUUACAAAAAAAAAAACAAC